AUGCAGUCGCCGCGGCGAUCAUCAUCGCCAUGCCGUGCACCCGCUUCGGAUGGCCGUGGGCGAACCUUGACGUCGCUGGAAAUUGAUGUCCGAAGAAAAGCUCUGCCCAUCGAGGAAGCUCUUCGUCGUGAUGGCUUGCAGAGCGUCAUGCGCAAACUCAAGUCUAUAAAUCUCCGGGGGUGGCAACUACUGAUGACGGAGCUGAAGACAAAAGAAAAGAUACCGUCUCGCCCACCGGAGUGCCAUGUAAAUGAGGCUGUCGUCUAUUGGGAGGAGACGGUCGCGUUUAAGCUUGCAUUGGCAUAUUCUGAGAAGUACAAUCUUGUUUUACCGAUUUCCGGGAAGGAGCCGUGGACCAGGGAUGACUAUGCAUGUGAGGAGGAGGCGUUGAUGGAACAAGGUGAAGACGAGGAAUAUAAGGAGCAGGCCGCGGCGGACAUCAAGGAAGAGGGUGAGAAAACAGACGAGAGUGUUAAAGACCCUCUUGCUCUUCUUCAUCACCUUGGCUCUGUUUGUGAAGAAUCCCUUUCUCUUCUUAAUCAGCUUAAUUCUCUUCAUAAAGGAAAGAAACAAGGUAGCGAAGAAGAGGAGAGGGUUAAAGAGGAGCAGCAGGAGGAGCAGGGGCAGGAGCAGGAGCAGCAGCAGCAGAAGAAGAAAGAGCAGAAGGAAGAGAAGGAGAAGGAGAAAGAAGAGGAGGAAGAGGACGAGGUUUUAUAA